GCGCGAAGGACGGCGGCGGAGGGAGCGGCCGGAGCCGGGCGAGCCGGAGCCCGCGGCCGGGCGGAGGAGAGGCCAGGGCGGAGCCGAGGAGAGCCGCCGCGGACGGGAAGCUGCUGGGCUCGGGCUAUGCGCGCCAAGGUAAACGCCGGCGGGCGGGCGGGCGGGCGGGCGAGGGUCCUUCUUCUCCGCCUCGCCAAGGGGAACUUUUGCCUGUUUGGGGAGCGGGAAGUUGCGGGUCGCGGCGUCGGCAGCCCCGACCAGCCUCUGCAGCCGAGAGCCCCGCGGCGCCUUUCCAGGCAGCGCCACGGAGCCGCCAGCCUCUUGCGGCAGCCGCCGCCGCCGCCGGAGCAGCCGCUCCCGCCCGGGCUGGGUCCUGCAGCUGCAGCCCCGCCGGCCCCCGUCCCCGGCGCCGCCCGCCCGCCCGCCGCUGCCCGCUGCCCUCGGCCGCUCUCCCCGCCCUGCCUCGCUCCCUCGCUGCCCAAGUGCGGCUUCCUUGGCUCGUUCCCGACGUGCCACCUGGAAUUGGCUCGAAGAUGGAGAUGCGACCUGCAUUUGGUUUCCCCGGAAGGAGCGGGGUUGUCUUCCAAGAAGGCCAUUCCAGUCGCAGAGGGUUUGUCCGUCUGUUUGUGUGUUUCUCUUGCCUUUAGAGCACAUCUUUUCCUCCGAAGAAUCUUGGGAACUGUAGUUUACCCUUCAAAGAGCUGCACCCCCAACCAGCCCCUGUGUGUGGCGUGCAGCCUCCCUGAACCCUGAGGUGUUCUCUUCAUUUUAUUAUUGUCACUGUUUUGUCCUUUUCUUUGGGACUUUUGGAAACAUGAAAUGUUCCUUACAGUCUUCAUUCUCCUGACAAUCCCCGGGGGUGUUAUUUCUCAUUCUCAGAGAGCCCAUUACUCUGGGGCUGCAUUCACAUCAUACGUGUUACACCUGCCUGCCCCAAAUCCUGGGAAUGGUAGUGUACCCCUCACAGAGCUGCAAUUCCCAGCACUCUUAACAAACUACAGUUAAGGCGUAUAUGCAGUCUUUAUUUCUGUUUUUUUUUAAUAAUGUAUUGGAAUGUUUUGCCUUGUUUUUCAACUCAGAGGUUUUAGCAGUUCCCAAGUGUCUGAACCCUGAACUUUCGAAACAUGAAAAGUGCUUUACAGUCUUCAUACUCCUUACCAACCUGGGGUAUUAUUUCUCAGACAGGGAAACUGAGGCUGAAGGUGAGUUGAGGUGUAAGAUCCUAAUGAAAUUAAAGGCAGGAGACAACAGCAGUGCUGGAAUUAGAAGUGGGUUGGGAGCAGUGCUGUUUCCCUAGGAAGAGAGGCACCAGAACUCAGCCGGAGCAUCUCCCUCGUUCUCUUACAGCCCUGGUUGGGAGAGCGAUCUCCAUGGUCUACAGUUGCACAUAUUGUUUUUUGCCGUUCUUUAAGGGGCCCUUUGCACGCUUUGAUCACGAGAAGAGAAUGUGAAAAGAUGGAGCAGACCCUUCAUAAUGGAGUCUGUUUCCAAGCAUCUGAACAGAUGAAGUAGGAGAGCUCAGGACACUCUAGUCUUUAAGGUAUGCAAAUGUAACUGACUUGUUCAAGUGAACUUGAAUAUAAAGGUAAAGGGACCCCUGACUGUUAAGUCCAGCUGUGAACGACUCUGGGGUUGCGUGCUCAUCUCGCUCUAUAGGCCAAGGGAGCCGGCAUUUGUCCGCAGACGGCUUCUGGGUCAUGUGGCCAGCAUGACUAAGCUGCUUCUGGCAAACCAGAGUAGCGCACAGAAACGCCAUUUACCUUCCCACCAGAGCGGUACCUAUUUAUCUACUUGCACUUUGACGUGCUUUCGAACUGCUAGGUUGGCAGGAGCAGGGACCGAGCAAUGGGAGCUCACCCCGUCCCUGGGAUUUGAACCGCCGACCUUCUGAUUGGCAAGCCCUAGGCUCUAAGGAGUCUCAAAUCCAGCACUAUCCAUUAUACAACAAUGGUUCUUCAUUUUAUUUUUCAUUCCUUUCCUUCUUCUCAACAUCUGUGGAUAGGGCUAUAUGAGUUUGCAUUCUCCCCAAGAUCAUUUUAGUCCUUGGACUUAAUGAUCUUGCCUUGCAGGCCCUCCCCACAGUCAUCUGUGAGGCACCUAGUAAACAUUUCUCCCCACUCCAUCCUUUACAAUUGCUUCUGCAUUCCUGAUGUUGGGCGGGGGUUGAUGAACAAAAAGCAGUAUAGAAGCCCAGACAAAAAUAAAACAAAGUUCUGAGCACGGUCAUCUUCACAUUUUAUACUCUCUUAAAUCAUAGCACUAUAAUGAUUACAGGAAUAAAAUGGAACUUGCCUCUGCUGCCCUGAUGUGAAUUUACUUGAAUUAUAAGCAUUUUCUUGUGGAAAAGGAUAAUAUGUUUAAAAAUAAUAAAAUGAGCUUCUGUAGCCAUACACUGUUUGUGUCUGCAUAUAUGAGAAUGAAGCGAUGCUGUAGCAAGUUGCAUCGGCCCUGGUGGGCCCUUGCAUGCUCAUGGGGACUCAGCUGCUGACACGAAACCUUUCUGCUGUGAACUUGGAAGGUGAGAUCAGGUGUAUUUACGUUUAAAAAUAGAGGACCUGAGUGGACAUGGUGGGAGUAUUAAUUUAUAACCAAUCUUCAACCAAUUGAUUGAUUGAUUUAUAGAUAGGAACAUACAGUCAUACCUCGUGUUGCGUUAGGUUCAUGUUGCGUCUUUUCAGCUUGCAAACGCAGCAAACCCGGAUGUGUAUACUGUGCACUCUAGCACGCUCCGCGCUUGUGUAGAAGCGCCACUUUAGUUGCAGACUUUUUGGGGUGCGAACGGCACCCUGGAACGGAUCAUGUCCACAACUAGAGGUACCACUGUUUGAAUCAUGCUAAAGACCCAUCUAGUCCAACGUCCUGUUUUCAUAGUGAUCAACCAUGGGCCUGUGGAAAGCCUAUAUUGUAAUUUUACCUUACAAACUGCCCUUAGAUCUACAGAUGAAGGGUGGCAUACAGGUUUAACAAAUAAUAAUAACAAUACGUGGGGGACCUGAAUGCAAGAGCGCUCUUCGCUCUGGUGAUUCCCAUCUGCUGGUACUCAGAGACACAAGAGAACAAAGCCAUGUGACAAGGAGCCGCCUUUUCCUCCUCCAUGAAUUUGCCUGAUCCUCUUUUAAAGCCAUGCGGGUUGGGGGCCACCACUGUAUUUUGUGGGAGCAAGUUCAGUUGUGAGGAAGUAUUUUCUUUUCAUUGGCAAGCAGCAGAAGAGGUUGCAUGUUUUACAUGCUGAUUAAUGUGGAGGGUAAUUGAUGACACAUCUAGAUUCACCUUUCUUUAAUCCAGGGAAUUUAUUAUUCGAGACUGCUGUUUCUAACUUAUUUUAAAUUAUACACCACAGUUCUCUAAUGAGAAGCAUUCUGUAAAUGAGAAAGAAAAGUUAGGAAAUUUUGGUGGACGGAAUUCACAUGGAAGUUUGGUUUUAGUUUGUUGAACUUAGCUUGUUGGACUGUGAGAUUUUUCUCUGUGUAGGUUUUUUUCCUUCGUGUGUGUGUGUGUAGGCUUUCCCCCCAUAAACCUAGAUUAUAAUUUUAUUCCCUGGUAUGCAACUCUUCUACCCAGACUGAAUGAAAAAUUAGUGAAAAUGCUGGCACAUGAAGUCAGAAUAUGGAAAUAUUUUGACAGAUGCUUGCUAUGUAGUCUGUUGUGAUUUGAGGAGGUUCAUUUCCUUCCAUGGACAUCCAGUUUAAACAAAGCCAUCUGUGAAGUUUGUUCCCUCUUCAGAGUGUAAAAAAGAAAGGAAGAUGGUUUAAAGCUAUGCAAAGCUUUUGGAGCUCUUCGUUGUACUAAAAUACAGUAAUACUUCCCUCUCCAGUCUUCAGCAUCUGCCCCUCUUAGUGUAAUCUUUUAUAAAUAGCAUUUAUUUUUGUAUGACUAUAUAUUUAUCCAGAUGUUUUGGAUUCUCAUACGCAUUAUAUUGAUUUAUCCUUUCUAAUGAUUUACGGUGAGCCCAUGGCGCAAUGGGUCAGUGCGUUAUUCAGAAGGUUGGUGGUUCGAGCCCACCCAGGGUUAGCUAUGGGCAGGAUUCCUGCAUUGCAGGGGGUUGGACUAGAUGACCCUCAGUGUUCCUUCCCUGAUCCUAUGAUAUGAUACCAAAUCUCUGAUCUAUCUUUUAAAAAUAAAUAAAUAUGCUAACUGUGCAGGUCUUUUUUCAAGAAUGCCAGACAAACCCAUGGCUGUGUUGCAAUUCAAAAUCCUUGACUUUCUAUACAUGGCAGAUAAAGGUGUAUAUAUUCUGUUUGCAAUGAACAAAAAAUGCAUGCUGAAAACUGAGGUAUCUGAACUGCUCUCUUUCCAGGGACUGUGGCCUGAUAGAGUGGUUCCCUUGGAUGUGAAUGAAGUGUGCCCUGCCCUUCUGGGAUGCCUUAGGUGAUGCCACGCUCUUCUGCGAUGGCAAUUGGGGCUCUCUCUGGCUCUCUCCUUGUGACUUGCUGCUUGAUGGUUGCUCUCUGCAGUUCCACUGCAUCUUUCCCAAAACUGGCAAAAGUUCAAGACAAGCAGGAGAUAAGACCAAGCCAAGAAAAGCGGGAUCACACAUCAGCCCGGGAGAGCCAGAAUCAGACAAGACUUGGGAAAAUGAACGAAAUGGGCAGGAGUGGGAGGGAGGAGGGCAACAGAGACUGGAAAAGCAAGGGCAGCAGAAAUUAUUCCAAUAAGGAAUCUUGGACUAAGCAAAAACAGGCUUUGAGUAGCCAGGCAACAAGUGGCAAGUUUGGGAGUCUCCAAGCCCAAGGGCAAACGGAAGUUGUUCAGGAGGAGUUUCCAGCUGCUGAAGAGUCUUCCUUUUUGGAUGUUGCUGGUGGUACCCCUGAGCCUCCAGAGGAAUAUGCUUAUCCAGAUUACCGUGGGAAAGGCUGUGUGGACGAGAGCGGCUUUGUUUAUGCGAUCGGGGAGAAGUUUACUCCAGGUCCCUCUGCAUGCCCGUGCCUUUGCACUGAAGAGGGCCCUCUGUGCAUUCAGCCCGAGUGCCCCGGACUCCACCCUCGCUGUAUUCAUGUGGACACCAGCCAGUGCUGCCCGCAGUGCAAAGAGAGGAAAAACUACUGCGAGUUCCGGGGCAAAACCUACCAAACACUGGAAGAAUUCACGGUAAGGAGAAAGGGGCGCUGGGGGUAAGCAGAAAGGGGCUUGUUCUCGUGACGUUGCCCUCCUGUUGUUUUUCGUGUUCACAGAAUGGUUUCUUUGACAUUUCUUUCACAUCCUUUCUUGCACUUUAUAGUCCUCCAAAAAUACAAGCUUUUACAUUAACAAAAGCACAAUAUUUUAACAAGGAGGUUUGGAUCAUUCUUCAAUUCCUUUGUUAUAUAAUUUUCUAAAAAACAUCUGUAAAGCUCAUAAUCACAGUUAAGUAAUUUAAUAAUAGCUGGGAUGUCCUGUGGAUGUCCAUUGUAUUUUAAGAAUAAUAAUUUUAUUGUUCCUGUAUUUCAUUAGCAUUAAGGGGUUUUGUGGGGGAAGGUGGAGGAAUAUUAUUUGUGGUUAAGAACACAGUAUUUCUGAUUUGGCUUUGUACAUUUUCUCCUGCUUUUGCCUCUUCAAAUGAGGAUGUCAGAGUUAUAUAAUCUUUCUGUCAGGUCUGUUAGUCUGUAGUCUAACACUAAGAGCAUAUUUCAGGGAGCAUGCUAUGGCUAGUUUAAUCAGGGUUGGCAUUUCUAUCUGGUAAAACACUCUAAUGAGGCAAUAUUUUCAUUAACUUGGGAAAUGUAAUUAAUCUUUGACAGAACACUGAAAUGAUUUGUACUAUAGGCUCAGUGACAUGGUUGAUUUCAGGGGAACUUUUUAAAAAAAUACUGGGCAAUGUGCUGCCUGCUUAUUGUUUGCAAGAGUUCUUAUCUAUCAGUAUGUAGAGAACUGCACUUUAUUGACAUGCCACUUGGAAAGCAUGUUUCUAGGGCUGGAAUUAUAUGUGACAUGCAGGGAGGCGGCGUUUUUCCCAAUUUCUUCUUUUAAAAGCAAACAAACCACAAGCUGCCAUGGGAGAGUUCAGUCUACAGCAGAGGACCAAUGGGGGAGGAACUGCUUAACUCUUCUUUUUUUUAGCAGAAAACCUCUGAAGGUGGAAAGAGUUGAAGUAACCUUUUUGGUCAGCAGAACAAACCAGUUAACUAUGCUUAAAGUUGACUUCUGAAUUUUGACUUGCUUAGAAGCCGUUAACCAUAGUUCUUGGUUCAAGCAAGGCUGGAUUACCAGUGGUACAAUUGCACCAGGGGGCAGGGCUGCAAGGGGCACAGAUUCUGAGCUUCCUUUUAAAAAGUAGAAGAUGUGAAUGUGUCGUUGUCCUUGAGCCUCUUCUGCUCCGCUUCCUCCUCCUCCACUGCUACUACUUGCUGUUCUGAUUCCCCAUGAACUUGCUCUCAUUUCCUAACUCCUCAAAACCUCUCUCCUGGUUACUUCUUAACUUAUUUGAAAUAUGUCUCAUAUAAUUGGCAAGCAUUGAACAAUCCCCAAAUAACUGAAUUUUAAACGUUAGCAGGCCUUACAAAAAGUCAUACACCUUACUUGAUUGUUUUAGUGGCCUGACAGAUUUAAAACAUUCAUCUUCCCAAAUGCACAAACACUUCACUGGGAGGCUUUCUAGAAAUGUCACAGCUCCUUCCUUGCUAAGCAGCCUCUUGACAGCACAUGUUGGUGUGGCAGUCAGUUGUUCUGGCAAGGUUUAAAGAUUUUUCUGCAAUCGUGAAAAAGUUUUACCUGUUGCUUAUGUCACACUCAGAAUAUGCUUUCUCCUUCUAAAACUGGCUUUUGUCCCAGAUGCAGUUGUGGUCAGGAGUUGUGUUCCAAGGCACUCUAUGAAAGUGAGGCCACCCAAGCCUUCAAAAGCAGAAAUAAACUAUAUUGAGACCUAUGUUAAUCUCACCUAAUAUAUUUUAGAACGACAUAAAAUGUUCCAAAAUCCAAUAUGUAUUGAAGAAAAAAAUUGAGACACUCCUUUGUGUUCUUCUGUCUAUGGUAUUAAGUCUGGCCGAUGAUCGAUAAGUGUUUCCAAGGCAACUGCAAAAAGAAAAUUACCUAAAUUUUAAUGGAACAUGAACAAUUAGGGAUUCCACUGAGUCUUCCACAAAGACCCUAGACAUUUGCAAAACCAGCCUCUGCCUUUUAAGUACAAACCCUCCCAUGAGAUGAUUAACCUCAAAAGAAAGAAUAUUCAAAGUAUUUGCAUGAAAACUGAGGAUGGGUGCAAGUGUUACAUAAAUUUAGGGGUCCACAGGUCAACGACUCUGACAUUAAAUUUUGUUGGUUUCAGCUUCAGAGCCCUCAACCUUUAAAUCAAUGUGGUUUGGCUUGAAAGCCCUAAAACUUUAGACACAUGACUCAUUCUCUCUCUCUCUCUCUCUCUCUCUCUCUCUCUCUCUUUCUCGAUUGGCAGUAAGGGAAAGGUCACAGAAAGCUAUAAACUAGAGCUAGAAGUUUUAUACUGCCUGUCUCCACAUUUUGCGAAUAGCUUGCAAACACUCUGACCGACACCUCUGGUGUACUCAGAAAUGUAAGGAUUCUUUUGCAGAGAGUCAGUAUAUGCAUCCACUACGAAAAUGUGAUUACCCUUCACCUUAUGCUCAUUAAAGGAAUACACCAAAGGAAUGAAGAAAGAUUGGUUUAUUACAUGAAACUGAAAGAGACAGAGUAUAUAGGUGUUGCUUCAGGGAGCAGAAUUUGCGGGCAAUAAAUACAGUCACUAAGCAUUUAUACACCUUAAUUAUAGAGUGCAAAGAGAGUCUCUAAGUACCUAAGCCUGAAGAGUGAGUGCAACAAUGUGCCACAGACUCACAUUAAAAGAGAAGAUAGGGAGGGAUCCAGAUCUAGAAGCAGGCCCAGCGGAAAGCCAAGGAUCAGAGAUCUGUACCUCCGGUGAGAGUUAGGCUCCCCCUUCAGAAUCCUAUGCCAGGAAAGCAACAGGUUUCUCACCUGUUCCUUUGCUUAUGAUCCAUCAAAGUGUAAGGUUGGUCCUUGAGAAUGUAGAGCAAAAAGAGGAUACCAGUGGAGAUUGUGAGCAACCCAAGCUUUGAAAAUCUGGGGUUUAAGUACAGUUUGGGGACAACUGUACUCUAUGGAGAAGAGGGUUUCCUUAGUGAGUUCUUUCAACCAUUGGUUAUAUGUGCUAGUUUACUAUUCUGUUUACUAAUGUAUUUUGAAGCUGAGGGGACGUGGUCUUUAAUUUGGGAAUAUCAUAUGACCAUACAGUUCCUGAAUAAGAAUGGCAUCUUGAAAGGAACUUCAUUGUCUGUACAAAGUCUGUUUCCUACUUACAUAAGGGUGUUAAUUAAGUUUCCCAGUCAACACCAGAUUAUUAUGCUGAUCCUUUCUGUAAGCAUUAAGGGUCAAGAUGGUUGCUUGUACCUUCCAAGCUAGGUCUUAGAUAAAAGCUUGUACCCGGGUCACAGAUAAUUGAUGAAAUGUAUUUUUGUAUUAAACUCAUUCUAACUGCACUGAUGGCAUGAUUCAUAGAGAUAAACGGUGCCAAAAGCAGACAAGCACCCAUCAUUACAAAAGCCAAAAGAGUAAGCAGUGCGUUGUGUUCUUUGGAAGGAAGUAGUAUGCCAUAUGUUUUCAUUUCAGGUGUUAUCCAACAGACAGUUUCUGUGGGUGUUUGCAGUCCCCCAAAGUAGAUCUUUACUGUCCUACCAAGUUAUAGUGGCCAAAUCUAAUGUUACUGCUGUCCGUUACAUAGAUAUCUUACACAACUUCCAGUACAGCUGCUGUUUUCUCCAUAUGUUUCUAUUCACAAAUCAGUGACCCACCUAAUUGCCUGUUAGGUAGCCAUCUGCCUUCAGGGUUAUUGGCUGUCUAGGACAGGGGUUUUCAUCCAGUGUGCCAUGGCACUCGGGGUGCCUUGAAUGAUGGUCAGGCAUGGGCGGAGCCAGGGGAGCAGAGGCCAGCUGCCCCCCAUCAAUAAAAAUCAAUACAAAUAUGAGGUUCUGCUGCCCCAACGAAAACCUGCCCCUGGCUAUGCCCUUGUGGUCUGGGGAGCCAUGGGCAACACUAGCCUGAAUCCCUCUUUCCUUCCACCCCUCCUCUGAUGCCCCCUCGCGUCUCUGCCUCCCCAAGACAUGCAUGGCUGUUUGUUGCAGCAGCCCUAGCUACAAGCUCCACAUUUGAAUGGUGCCUCUGGGUCUGGCCAGGAGGUGCCAGUUGGCAGGAACCGAGGAGGCCUCGGAGUAAGCAGGUAAGCAGGUGAGGGAGCCCAGAUGGUUAGUCCACCAGCCCUUGCUGUUGGGAAUGGACAGACAAGUGGGAGGCUGGGCAGGUAGGCAGGUGCUGCACUGGCCUUUUUUUUUUUGCUUGCUGUGUGCAAUGCCUGCCUGGGAGCUGAGUGCCCAGUACCGAAGGGGAGCCUUUCUGCCAUGCAGGUCCAGUGGGUGCCCACUGCUGCCACUGGUGGCUCCCAAGGUGAGUAAGGUGCUGGCCUGACGUUCACCUUUGGCCAGUCUCUGUCGGGCCGUGAAGGCUGGGGCAUCCUCUUCCCAGGCCCCUGGGGGGCAGUGUGAGGAGGUUCCUCUGUUUGGGUUGGGCAGGCGCAGCUCAGAGAGCAGGGGCAGCUGUGGUGGUUGCCUGGAGGACUCCCAAGGAGAGGGGAGAGGAGGCUGAGGGAACACUCCACAAGGGAGGGUGUUCGAAAAGGGGUGGGGGGCUGCUGGCUCUGCAUUCAAGGGCUGUGCUUCUGAGGCUCAGAGCACAUUUACCUGCAGGGGAGCCACAGAAAGAAUGUAGUUGGUCAAGGGAGCCAUGGACUUUAAAAGGUUGAAAACCUCUGGUGUAGGACGUGAAUGAUGAAAGAAUACAAACAACAUGGCUGUGCUCCUCACCCCACUCCCCACCCCGUGAUGAUGGAGAUGUGAUGAGGCUUGCUCAUCUGAACGGUAUUAUUUUUAAGUAUAUUGCAAUGGUUGAACCUCAUAAGUUUGAGGUGAUGCCAAAAAGGGCACGUGGAAAAUUUACUCCAGCUUUAUUGUGCCCAGCAGCACCCUGGUGAAUGGUUUUGUUCUGUUUUUGUGAUUUUCCUAAAUAUAUUGUUCAAUGUUUGAAUUGCAGCCACCAACACCUGGUUCACAAACAACCCUGGGAGGUUGUGUGGCAGGCUUCAGUUUUUAAACCAUCACAAGGUCACACAGCGAGCUUCAUGAUUGCAUGUUUUUUAUGCUGAUGUCAAAGGACAUAGUCUUUACGAAAGACUGGUUAUGGUUCCAAAGCAUAUCUUGUUUGGGAGUUUGUUAAAUGAAGUAAUUAUACCUAGAGCUGACCCCCCCCACAGGUUUUUGUAUGCGUUGUGAACAGUAAUAUGGUGAGGACCAGUAGAAAUGGGGGGUGGGGGGUGGAAUUGGACUGCAACCCUGUGUAGGCUCACCUGGGAGUAAAUCCAGCUGAACACAUUACUUCUGAGUAAACAUGUACAUGAUUGCAUGCUCUUAUAAUUCUGGUUAGUAGGUCCUAUGCACUUACCUCCUGUUUUAUUGCGUAUUUUAAUUAUGAAUAUUUGUAUUUUAGUAUUUGUAUAGUUGGUUUUCAUGUUGAACCAUUAGAAGCCUAUUUUGGCAUUGAACAGUAUAUAAACAAUAAUAAUGAUUCCUAAAACCUCAAGAAAUCUAUACUGUGAAACUUUCAUUCACCUUUAUGUUCCAGCUUCGCUCAUUGCAAUUAUGGUUGGAGCCCUGCGCACAUUCAGUGUGUUCAGAGUUUUUGCUUCAGGCAUCAGACUUCUGAAAAACAUUAUUUUUGUCAUUCCAUUGACUGAAUUUGCCACAGUACCAGUGUGACAAACACCCAGAGAAGUUAGCAUAAAUGGAAUAAAAUAAAACCAAUGUUGAAAGUGAUCUUUUUCUGUUAAUGAUGUCGUAAAGGCACUUUGUGCUCACGUGGCAAAUGUCUGAAGGGCAGCAGAACUUCUGUUUGAGCUUUGGACUGGAACAGAUUUCUCCCCCACCCCUAGUCUUGGUGCAUGCCCACUCUCUUAUUUGGAUAAUACUCAUGGUGAACUAGUAACAAAUUUGAAUUUGGAAAGUUGCCCAGAGCAUCUUAACGACACAUAAUCUCAGGAACAUGAGUUAAUUAUGUAGAUUACUGGUGAAACAAAUAGGUUGAGAAGCAAUUAGUGCAACCCAAAUGCAAAAUCCACCAGGAUUUCCCAGCUGAGUUGUGGUGAUGCUGGCAUAAAUCCUUCACCCCAGUUCAGCCGGUGGAACCUGUGCCCACUUAAGUCCCUCCAAGGGGGGCUCUGGGGGAGUGGCAGGAGGAGGACGGGGCAAGGAGAGUCUUGCACCUAUUCUGAAUCCUGCUCAGCUUGGUCAUGGGACCUAGGACCCAGUCCUCUAAACUCAGGCCGACACUCACCUGCCCACUCAGCCAGCCCUGGCCCCCUCCCAGGGGCUUCUCAACAGAGUUUAGGAUAGGGGCAGCUUACCGUCAGGUGAGUUGCACCAGUUUCCUAUAGUCAGGAUUUCUCUGUCUGAAAUAGCAAGGAUCAUAGUGGGCUGUCAUUAGUAUUUGCAGUAUUACUUUUAAAAAAAGGAUCCUCUUCAUGCUAACAUUAAAUUGCUUUAUACAAUAGAUAAUUUCUAUAUACUGUAUUGGCCUGAAUAUAAGCCUCACUUUUUUUCCAAAUUCCAACUGUGAAAAGUUUAAGUGUGGCUUAAAUUUGCGACCUUACAAAAAUUGGUUUUUACGACAUCACUGCUGAAACAGUAAAACAGAAAGGGUGUGAGUGCCUGCAGAAUUUUAAGGGAGCAGCUUAUAUUCGUGUAUUGUCUUUUUUAUAUUUUCCCCUUGAAUUUUAAAGGUGCGGCUUAUAUUCAAGUGCGGCUUAUAUUUGGGCCAAUACGGUAUUAUGUAGCCAAGGCAAGGCGAAUCGCAAGUAGCCUACUGCCAUUUCCCUCCUUCUUUUAGCUGAUGUGGAGCAAGCAGAGAACUCUGUCAUUUGCAACAGCUAAAUUGGCAUCCUACGCAAGAAAGUGGAGCAAAGUUAUAAAACCUGUCUAAACCCUUGUUAUCCUUUUUUUUGCCAGCAUUACAUUGGGCUGCUGGACAGAAGUGCUUGGACUGUCCUUAGGAUGCUCCUGCAUGUGUGUUUCCCCCCCCCCCCACGUUACUCCUAAAAGCCCUUCUUAAAGGUGGGGCUGGCUCUGGGGACAGAGCAGUAAUGCUUGAGUCCAGUGUUAGAAACUAGGAUAGGAGAGCUUUCUGUCACAUGGCUCCUGGAACCUACAUUAUGGGCGCAAAAACAGAAAGUCUAGUUGCCAUUUUGUCCUUUUCACAAGAGCUACUCCUGUUGCACUGGGGGAAGUGGCAUUUCCCACAGAAGCCGCCGUGAUCUCUCCUACUGUGGAGGUGGGCAUGGGGGCAUUUCUCCUCCCGUGCCGUCAGUGCCAGCAGCGGCAAAUUUAUUCUUGAGUCUCAGAUCCCAUACAUGGUGACAAGAUUUCUUGAAAUGCUCGCAUUCUGACAGUCCCGUUGCAAAAUGCGCCUGGUGCCUGACUAAUUUCAAAAGCUGCUUGACCCUGUGCAGUGUUGCUAUUUCAUUCCUAAGCAUAGUUUAGAAAUUAUGUUCUAUUCAGUUCUAGUCAGCAAUACUUAUUUUCAAGCUAAAGUGUCCAUGACUGAGGUAUAGAACUGUAGUCCUCAGCUUCUGUUCCUCACUAAAUUGUUCUAUUCUUAGUUGGAACACUACAUUUUGGAUAUGAACUCUUGAGAGAUUAUCUCCUAGACACCUAUUUUCAGCCUUCCUACAAGCAAGACUUGUUCAGAAGGCUAUUAGAAAAUGGUUAUGAUGACCAGAAGUGCUGAGCGUUUUGCAGUGUUGAUAAAGCAGUAGGACAGCAGCGCCUUCACUUUUUGAAACCUGCCAUUCUGUUCCCUGCAGGCGAUACACAUGUGCAUAAAAGAGUUUGGUUCCUUUCCCUUUUUUAAUUUCAAUUUUUAUUAGUUUUCCAUAAAGCCAAGAUACACAGAGUCAAGCACAAAACAUUUUGUUUCAUAUAAACAAAACAAUAAAUAGAAAAUUUAAACUGGAUUCCGAGAGGACAUGGCAAUAUUGACAGUUUUGGCAAUACAGAAAGGUAGGUUAUACCGGUUAAACAGAGAAGUAAUACUUGGUUGUUACCAAUAACAAUUACAUUUGUGCACUUUUAGUUAUAUCCAUUAGUUACAGACCCCUUACAUCUGUUUUCCAAUACAGUGGUACCUCAGGUUACAUACGCUUCAGGUUACAGACUCCGCUAACCCAGAAAUAGUGCUUCAGGGUUAAGAACUUUGCUUCAGGAUGAGAACAGAAAUCGGGCUCCGGUGGCACAGCGGCAGCAGGAGGCCGCAUUAGCUAAAGUGGUGCUUCAGGUUAAGAACAGUUUCAGGUUAAGAACGGACCUCCGGAAUGAAUUAAGUACUUAACCUGAGGUACCACUGUAUAAAAUAAAGAACAUAUGGAAAAAACAAGAAAGCAGAGAAGAAUUAACCACCUAUAGACUCCAUCAUAUUAUAAACUGUAGGCAUCUCUCUUCCAUGUGCUUCAACAUUUGUGUCAUCAAUAAAAUCAAACGACAUAAAAACAUCUCCUAUUAUUUAGCAUGAGAAAAUGAACUGAUUCUUUUUCCCUGUAGCUUUUAGGGGAAAGAAGAAAUUCACUGGUGUUUGGUCAAGUAACACUCGUGUAAGAUGGCCUUAGGGAGUCCUCAAGGGGCAGAGUUAAUGUUGCUUUAGCAUCGCUUUACCUUCAGUUACAAAUUAUUCCCCAAAAGUGUUACUGUCAAGAACUGUUUGAAAAGUGAUGAAAAUCUAGGCCACGUAUGACUAGACUGUGUGGCGUAUUUAUGAACAUUUAUGCAAGAAGGCCUUUUUGUUCACGUAAAGCUGUAACCAUGUCUUUAUUAAUUAGUGCCAGUAUUCUGUUAUCCUUCUAACCCAUGCUCCCUCACUUGUGUCCUUUAUGCAUCGCAGUGCAUUUGGUCUGCAGUUGUCAAGAGUGAACCAGGGGAAACACCUGGCCAUUGCACUUCCAUAGCAGGGUGUUUAAUCACACAAUUUGAGCUACUGCUAGCUCACUUUUCCUGCAGUUCUAAUACAGAGCCACAAAGGAUUUAAAAUCAGGUUUAAUGUGAGAAAGAGCUGGAAGAUUAUUGAGAGCAAAUAAUUCCAUUAACUCCCUAGGAGAUACACCACAAGACAACAGGGCAACCCUUAAUAUUCAUUUUUCAACAAACACAAAGAUAAUCUUUAGAACCAAUUUUCCAGAACAUGGACUCUAGUUUAUCAUAGUUAAUCCUCACCCCCAACCUGCCAGCCCCUUAAACUUCAAUCUGUUGAUGAAGGGCAGGCAGAGUGUGGAGAAAGAAUGGGUCAAAAUCCACUUCUACCAGUGUGGGGCUAUAUAAUCUAGAUACCGGGGCCAUCUCCAAAGUGGUAUUUGUGAAGAAAAGUACAGAAAAAGACCACUCAGUGCAGUCAAAGGCCUUUAAGGGUACAAACCAGGGGAUUUCUGUUUUGUCAGCUGUGGCGUAUAUUUAAUACCCUCUGGAUGGAGGAAACCAUCUUUCUACUUGAAAUAAACCCUACUUGGUCCAGAUGAAAUGCAUGCCACAAGUACAGCUGUGAAUAUUUUCUGGUCCUGCUGAAGGAGAGAGAUGGGGCCAUAAGACUCCAGCAAGGGAGGGCUCUCCCAGGUUUAAGUAUCAGAAUCAUCCACUUCCCCAACUAGGACUCAGGAAUGGCAUCUCCUUGCAUAAUGUUAUUAACAAGAACAGACAACUGCAAGACAAAAGACAUCCUUCACCAACUGCAAGACAAAAGACACGCUCGUUUGGAUCACCCAGAAGUCCCAUCUGGGCCUGUUGACUUGCGACUUUUAAGCUUCUAAUAAUGGCCUGUUUCCUUCUUAGAAAUUAUUUGAGAAAGAGCUUCCCUGAAGAGAUUGAAAGGUACAAAAUAGGGACAGAGUGAGUCCAAAAAGAUGUUGUAAUUUGUGCAACAUCUGGAUUGGUGGGAAGUAUAUAUCUACAUAAUACUUCAGAUUUGUUGGUGCUGACCUUUAAAGCACUAAAUGGCCUUGGCCCUGUAUACCUGAUGGAGUAUCUCCACCCCAAUCGUCCAGCCCAGACACUGAGGUUUUGCUCUGAGGGCCUUGCAGCAGUUCCCUCAGUGCGAGAAGUGAGGCUACAGGGAACCAGGCAGAGGGCCUUCUUGGUGGUGAUGCCCACCCUGUAGAACGCCCUCCUAUGUUAAGGAGAUGAGUACCUAUAUAACUUAUAGAAGACAUCUGAAGGCAGCCCUGUAUAGGGAAGCUUUUUAAUGUGUGAUGCUUUAUUAUGUUUUUAUAUAUGUUGGAAGCCGCCACCCAGAGUGGCUGGGACAACCCAGUCAGAUGGGUGGGGUACAAACAAUAAAACAACAACAACAACAACAACAAUUCACAAAUAAUUUCCUAAACCUGAGAUCCAGAAAGAUCAUUCACUGAUAAGAUCUUGUGUGUAGCUCUACCUUUUAAACACAUUAGCCAAUAAUUUGGAAUUCUUGUUUCUAAAAUUUGUAGUAUUUUUUAUUAACAUAAAUAAAAGACUUAGCAAUCAUUGAAUCCUAAAGCUUCAAGUAUGCACCGCUUAGAUUAACGAUAUUUGAGCUCCCUUGGAGAACCGGUCUGCUUGUGUUUCCAUUCCAAUCUCAGGACAUCGGUGGUUAAUUGGGUUUUGAUACAGGAUGAGGUUUGUUUUAUUUAUUUAAUAGAUUUGCCUGUAGGGGCUCCACAAAGGACCACCGUCAUGGCAUCCUAAACUACUGGGUAUUGCAGACCAAUGUCCACAUUUAAUUGAAAAUAUUGUGAGAGAGAAUCGCUAAUGGUUACAGAGUGGUAUUUUAAGUGAGCAAGGUGGAAUUAAAGUACCAUGUUGGAGAACUCAUAGCAGAACUAUAUAAGGUGCUUGUCUCCCAAAGUCCCUUUGAGAAAAAAGUAUCAGUACUUUGAUACUAUGAAUCACAGUAUCCUUCUGGAUAUGUUGUCCAGGCUAAGUGGCUGAAAUUCCCCUCUUACUUAGGAUGGAUGUUUCCAGAAAGUGGGCAGGAAGAUUACUGCUUGACCAUUGGCAGUAAUUUUGGGGGAGCUCCACAGAUAUCUAAUCUUUUUCUUGUGUUGUUGAACAUUCACCCAGAAAUUUGGCCCAGGGUUUAGCUAGUAUUUACUGUAGUAUAUGACAUCAGACUUUAGCUCUAUUUUUUCAUUAGGCUGUGCUUGUCCUUGACCAGUGAUGGCCUGGAUGAGAUGGAAACCAAGCCUUAGGAGGAACAGUGGAGGGAGUUGGGUACAUUUAGCCUGGUAAAGAGGAGACUGACAGAAGACAUGAUAGGCCUGUCACAUGGAGGAUGGAGCAAGCUUCUUUUCUCCUGCUCCAGAGGGUGGGACCAAUGGAUACAAGUUACAAGAAAGGAGAUUCUGACUAAACACCAGGGAGAACUUUCUGACAAUAAGAACUGUUUGGCAGUGGAAUGGACUCCCUCAGAAGGGACAGAUUGGUGACCACCUGUCAGGUGUGCUUUAGUUGAGACGAUUCUGUUCUUGCAUUGCAGGGGGUUGGACUAGAUGACCCUUGGGGUCCCUUCCAACUCUGCCAUUCUAUGAUUCUAUGCAUAAAUGGAGUCUUAGCCCAGAGAAGAUGGAGGUACUGCUGAUUGUUGAUUCAUCCACGCAGGUGAAUAUUCUGGACGGGACUGCACUUCCUCCAAACCAGGUCCCCAGUCUGGGCAUGCUUAUUGAUCCAGCACUGUUUUUUGAGGCUCAGCUGACUCUGUGGUCAAAGCACUUUUAUAGAGCUUCAGCUGGUUCACCAGCUUUGCCCUUCCUUGAAUGGAGACAGCUUGACUUAGAAAUGUAUUUAUUAUUAGCCAAACAUGCUCACAGGGCAGUUUACAGGAAUAUAAGGUGACCUAAAAUGUAAUAUGCAAGAGCAUCAAAAACAAUGCUUAUUAAAUACACUUAUUAGAUAACUAGAAGCUUCAUAAACAUAGCAAAAAAGUGAGCAUCUAUAAAAAAUACCAAAGCUGGUGCUAGACAGACACCCUUCAGUGGAGAGGCCAUUCCACAGACAUGGAGCCACUACUGAAAAGGCCCUUCCAUGGGACCCCACAUCUUGUAUCGCACCAGGGAGCCCUAAUCUGCUGAUCUUUAUGCAUGGGCAGGUUGGCACGGGAGAAUGAGAUCUGAACAUACUGCAAUGUGUUAUGUGUGGUGUUUUCUUUAAAAACAGUCUGGAAACUGCCACAAGAUGAUUAAUUGCAAUGAACAUCUUGACCAUAUGAAGUCUGCACUUUUUAAUCUGCACUGGUUCCCAGUCUGUUUCCAGGUCUUGCCCUCCUUCUUUGAAGUCUCACAUGCGAGAGCCAAAGCCAGUUGGUGAGUCUUAGUUUGCAACUUGUGAGUUUCUUAAAUAUGUGAUUAUUUUUAAUUCUGGAAGUGCUGUUCCAAUCACUGUUUUUAUUUCUUACAUAAUUGUUCUGCUCAGGUUUCUGUUACUAUAUUAGGCUACUUAUAAGGACUUCUCUGUUGAAAUGCGUUUGUCUUAUGUUGUCAUAUAUGGGUAUGAUUUGGCCUCUUGCGGGUAUUUUAUUGUCAUUGUUUAUUCAUUUGUGUAGCUGAAGCCAAAACAAGAAACACACAAACAAAAUAUGUUGUGCAGUUAAAAUAACAAUUUAAAAUAGGCAUUCUGCCAAAUAGAAAUUUGCACCACUGAAGAAUUUAACUUAGCACCCUCACAAACGUUUCUCCUUAAAAUUGCUGCUCUGAAGGCAAAACAACCUGCCUUUCAGAAAUGUCAGAGAACAGGUCUCCUAAUAGAAAGUUAACCAAGCACUCAAUUGAUCUGUCAGCUGAGAUAUUUAAGUCUUUGAACAAGGCUGCUCUUAAGGCCUUAUAAAUGGGGCAAACAAGUAAGCAGUGGGAUCAAUCGUCAGGCACAUGGCCCCACCUGGAUGCACUCGCCUCCUGCAGAAUCCACCAGUAGCGUCCUUCAGCUAUAGCAGAGAGCAGAGACUGGAAUUGCAGAGCUGUAAACUCAUUUUUCCUAUUUAACAUUUGUAAUGCUGGUAAGGAGUCUGAAUGAGUAAUUUUAGUGUACCGUCAUGCUUCCCCCCCCUUUUUUGCACAUGUUUAUCCUUAACUCUGUUUGUGGUUGUUCAAAUUCAUUCACAGCACAAUCUGAACUGAGAUGAGAUGAAAGAGUUUGGAUUUGGCAGAUCUAAGGAUUUUCUGGCUGAUCUAGGGAUUUUUCAGGGGGGCACCUGGCACCAACAGGAGCUCAUGCUAUCUCCUUGUUCAAAUUACUAUGAAGAGGAAUUUACAACAUGAAAUCAAAUGCUUAGAGCCUAACCUGCUGAAAUAUACUGACUAAAACAAGGGUAUGCAGAAGAUAGAUGAGGAUCUAUUGGUAUAUGUCGGAUGGUCUGAAGUAGAUUGGCCAGGAGUUUACAGUUCAAUACUGGUUAACAGCAACACCAAAAAGUUUCCCCUGCAUGAAAUUUGGCUGUUUGAACCCUGAUCAAUAGUAAUCAGAUGUCUUUUUUUCUCUUUGUAAUUCUUGUUUUGUAUUUUGUGAACGUACCACCCUCCAAUCCAUAUAUAACACCCAUCUAGAACAUGGGCACAUUUAUAGAAGCUGGUCAUAAGCCCAGUGGGGCUCUGUCCCCUGAGCUACCAUUCUGCAUGUAGCUCAAUAGCGUCCCUCCUUCCCCAAGGAACUACUUUGUACCUGACUCUGCUUGGUGGCAAUUUGGAUUCUAGUAAAAACAAAGUAGACCUCAAACUUGAAAUCUGACAGCCCCCAAGCUAAAACAUAGUUUGUUUUGUUUUCAGGUUUCGCCUUGUGAAAAAUGCCGCUGUGAAGCCAAUGGCGAAGUAGUGUGUACAGUGUCUGCAUGUCCUCAGACGGACUGCGUGGAUCCCGUAUAUGAGCCAGAUCAGUGCUGUCCUAUCUGCAAAAAUGGUAAGCAACAAAUUCAAGCGACAGUUGGCUUAAAGCUUCAGCUAUUUAAAAAACUAUCCCUACAACAUUAACAAAAGUGCAGUUUCCACAAGUAUGUGCCUUUCUUGCAGGGAAUGGUAUUUGUUACCUGAUGGCCAAAUAAAGAGCCCAGCACCCAGAGUUGUAUGAACUAGGACUACUUUACUUAAGUUUAAAUCAGUAAAAAACAGAUGCAGAGGGUAACAACUAUCGGCGCAGGAGCUAACUGUAACGUAAGGCGAAACGGCAGCCGCUUGUGUGAUGGAGCUCAUGCCUUGGCAAAUGGAAGUAGGACUGCCUUUCCCCAGGCCACACCAUGAAGGGAGAGUAGAUAGGCCUUGCUGCAUUCCCCCCCGCCGGGGCAGAUGAGGCAGGUGGGCCUCAAAGGGGGCUCAUAUCCCACUCCAAGGCCCCAUAACCUAGAGGACAAGCCUGAGGCCAGGCCAUCACCAGGAAAGGUGCCUCAGGGGGUCACUUGGCUAAAACUUAACUCUUUUCCUUCUCAUACCUAACCACCAGAAGAGGGACAGAAAUCUUUUUAGUCACCCUUUUCUCCAGUCAAGAACAGUCUCUCUCGCGCAGGCCCUUCUGAAGGUUUGUCCAAAAUUUGUUGUUGCCAACAUCUGUGAGGCGAAUUCCAUCUGGCCUAUGCAGUUCAGUGUUACUGGGCAUGAUAUCUGGGGAGCGAAUUAGUGACCCUCCCUGUUCAUGCACUGCCAACCUCAGCUUCUGCAUUAAGUUUUGAACGGGCCCUGUUAAUCACACUAGGGUCCCCUUCACAGCAGGCAGAUAGUUGUACAUGUGACAGACACUGGGAAGUCUCCACUCCCUGGCUGGCACACUAUGUGCGUAAUUGUCCAUGUAGCUUACUGAGUUUCUGCACGGAGAGCUUGGGUUUCCUUUGGGACAAGGAAAGGAGGGGCACAAUGGUGUUCCCCGGCCUCUGCCCUGCUGCUGAACAUGCCUCUCUGCUGAACUCGCUUUGAUGCUUUGUGAGCUGGGGUUCCCUGGAGCUCAUGAAGCAGACUCCCUUCACUAGCUUGCUCUGGCCAGCAUGCGUCUUAUGAACACUACAAUUUCCAUGUGACCCUGGUCUGUCCCCUCUUCCUGAAAUAGGACCCCAUGGAUACCCCGUCUUCUGACUAGUCCCACAAGUGCUGGCUGCUCCUAUCCCCACAGCUUCCACCAGUGCCCACUGGUAGGAAUGGCUCUCCGCCCUGGCUUCUCCAAAUAUUCAAAAUUAAAGGUGCAGCCUGUGCUACUGCCCUCUGUAGCUGCACCAACACACUUUCUCUGGCUGCCUGACAUAGGAAGGACACCACUAUCCUGCUGAGAGUGAGGUCUGAUGGCAAUGUGCCGUAGGGAACCAAGAGCUCCAUCAGAUGCUGGCACCGGACAGAUCUAAACAGAAUGAAACUGUUUAAUGCCCAUGUGUCUGGUGACUUGUCUUGGUGCUUGUCAGGCUUCGGGGAAGCGGCUCCCUCCCUCCCUUUGGCUGUGGAUAAGCAGAACAAAGCGAAAAUAGUCUCUUACCAGUUAAAGAGAAUUUAAUAUUCACAGCGAAAGAACAAAGACUCCAUCUCAGAGGAAAGGUGCUCCCAGUUAAGGUUUCCACCCACUCCCCCCCCCCGAGCCACCCUUGUCACUUACUUGUCUGGAAACAUGAUCUCGCAACCAUUUGGCCUUCUCUGUAGCUACCUUUUCUGCUCUCCUUGACCUUGGACUGAGCGCUUGGACACUUUCCAGUGAGAGGGAAUCUGUUCAUUCUCUCUCUCCCUGUUCUUCUUCUCCUAGCUGUUCCCCACUCAGUUCUGCCCAGCUGUUGUCUUCCAGACUAUAUCCCUCUGUAAACCACUGCUCCAAAUCUAUACUGCUCCACUGCUCCUGGGCAGCUUCAGGAUCCUGUUCAGGAGCAGGGGGCAGGGGAGGCCUCUACCAUUCCUCGUCAGAAUAGCUCUCCUCAGCCUGGUCUCUGACAGUCCUGCAAAUGGCCGUCUCAUGUUCCCAUAGCGCCCCCACUGUUCUAAUCAAGUAUCUAACAGAAAAUCUGUUUCAGGCUAAAAACAGACAUAACACAUAAAAACAUAAGACCAUUAAUUCCUUGUUUCUUUCUUUUUGAACCAAUGUCAAUGCUUUCUGUUGUCAAAGACUAUUAAGGCAAAAACUCAUGGGAGGGCCACCUCAAACUACACAUUUCAGUAGUUCUUGCCAAGCACAGAUGUGCUAACCUCACUGACAAAAGCAUAAAGAACCCAUCCUUUUUCUUGGCAUCCAUGAGAUAUAGAUCACCUCUUAGAAACCUCAAAACAGGACUGUUUCAUGUGAAAUCUACUUCCCUGUUUUAUAUCCUGAGUAUAGUAGUGCUAUUUAUUUUUUUAGAGUGAAAGGUUACCUCAGACAUAGACAUUAAAAUAUAUUGCACUAUAUACUGAAGUGCAAGGCUGAAGAGGUAUGGAAUUCCAUCAACAAACAGAGAUUAAAGUGUAAUAAAUGCUUAGCGGCAGAAAGCCACUCCAGGAUCAUCUUCCACCUUCUGUGCAAAUUUAGCUAAUCUUUAGGUUAUUGACACAAAUAGAAGUUGAUAUAUAGGUUUAUGUUAACCUAGCUUUAUGAAAUAAAUUCUUUUUAUUAGCAUUCACGAUAUUACCUUUCAUUUGAGCUGAAAUUUUUAUUUGCUGAAAUUCUGGCCUCCAGCAAAACUAGGUUCAGAAUGUCAAAUCCAUCUUUGCCUCACUUGUAAAAUAUAAUUUCAAAACAAAUAGAGAUAAAUAUAGGGCAGAAUGGGAAAUAGGGAGUGGAAUGAAACAGGAAAUUGAAUGACCAUUAAAAUGGAAAGUCAAUUUUAAUAAUAGUUCAGCAUUUGAUAACUUGGAACUUUACAUCACACAGAAUUAAAAAUGAUCUUAAAAUCUUCAUUUUAUACAGUGGUACCUUGGUUCUCAAACUUAAGCCAUUCCGGGAGUCUGUCUGACUCCUGAAACCAUUUGAAAAUCAAGGCGCAGCUUCCGAUGGGCUGCAGGAGCUUCCUGCACUCAAGCGGAAGCUGCGCUGGACGUUUGCUUCCAAAAAGCGUUCGCAAACUGGAACACUUACUUCCGGGUUUGUGGCGUUCAGGAGCCGAUUUGUUCGGGAGCCGAGCCAUUCAAGUACCAAGGUACCACUGUAUAUCAUCUAUAAACCACUCAAGCACUUUCAAACAAGCAUGUUUUAAUGAUGAUGAUCCAAUUAUUUUUAGGACUUAGUAACAGGCGUAUCCUGUAGAAUUUGUUAUGGGUUUUGAAUUAAUGAUUCCAGCUUUCAAACACAGUAAAACCUCAUGGAAAUUAACAAGGCCUCGCUCUGUAAGUUAUAUUGACGAAGAGUCCUUUAAUAAAAUUUCAGCCUGAUUAAUAUUUAUAUAUUAGACUUUUGGAUACCUGUGAGGUAUUCCGCCCCUUCUUUGCAUUUUAAUGUGUCAUAUUACUGUAUUCAGCUACCACCUUGAGGACAGAGCUUUGAAGUGUUCUAAAUUACUAAUACUUUAAUUUCAGUCUUUUAAGAAGUCGAAAAGUUUGGUUAAAAACAAACAAACAUUGAGUGGUAGUUCUAAAGUAAGAUAGUUUGAAGUCCCAUUGAUUUCAGAUUUAACAAGACAUUUUACUUUUGCACUGAAGAAAAUGCUAUUUUGGCUCAACUGGAAGGCUCUGUUGAAUAGUGGGGUGCUAUUUCUAUUAACUUCUAAGUUCAUUGACCAUGACUGGCCCAAGACAUAUGGGCAUCUGAGGCGAACCACAGUAUGGUGCCCCCCUCCCCACCAGGGAAGAAGGGGUGAGUGAAGUUCUGCAUCAGGAGCAAGGGGAGAAUAAAGAUCUCCAUUGGGAUCUGCUGCCCCUAUAGCUGCUGCCGCCUGAGGUGGUUGCCUCACCUUGCCUCAUGGGUGGGCCAGCCCUGCAUAUUUCAACUGUUAGGAGCUUUUUCUAGUGUUCCCUGCUGAAACAGGUAGCAUGCAAGGUCUCCCAUUCAUAUUGUGGAUUUAUUAGAACUACAAAUGCUCUAGGAUUCGACGUUAUGGGAGAUCUCUAGAAAUGAAGUAUCAGAGAGGAAUAAUCCCGGUGAUUGUGGAGAUGACUCUUGCCUCUGAAGAAAAUACCCAAUGCAAUCUGGAAGGGAGUGCAGACUGGGCAAUAAUAUGCAGCUAGCUAUUGUUCCUUCCUAUGCUAGGAACCUAUGAUGCAACUGCUGGUUAAAUCUCUUCUUUGGAAGUGUCAUUGAGCUUAAAUUAUUGCUGCAGUUUUUAUCACAUAGGCAACUCAUAUGCCAUGAGCAUGCAUCACAGAGCUUUUUCCUGCAGAGGGGUAGGUAGGCAAGCAAGCAGUUUUCUGAAGACUCCGGACUCAGCUAUACAGCUGCAAAUAAAAUGUUUCAAGUGUGCUUUAAGUACAAUAUACAAUGUGACACUAGACGGUGAUAGUGAGCCUUAAGGAAAAUUCAGUGUAUUUUUAGAAACGUUUUUAAAAAAGCAUUUGCAGAACUUUUUUUAUAUUGUGUGUAGAUUUCACCUCCAUGAGCUGGCAACAAUAGUGGAAGAAUGAGAGAGGCGUUGCCAUGCUAGGCCAGGAGAGGGUAUCUCUUAUUGAUCAUUUGAUUUCAUAAAAUUUAUAUACCACUUGACUGUAAAAAAAAAGAAAAGGAAACCACCUCAAAGUGGUUUAUAAGAAGAUAAAACUAUAAAAUCAGGAAAAACUUACAAUGCCUUAAAAUAUACAAGUUAAAAUACUAAAAUACUCCUGCCUUUGGGAUUACUACCUACUCCCCUUCAAAAAUCAGACAAUUUUCUUCUGUGAGUUUUGCCUUAAUCAUUCCAGAAUUCUCUUCUGGCCAAUGUAACUUGAUGCUUGCAGGUAAGACAUUCUGCACUUAGGUUUUUGUUUUCCUUUCCCUCGCCUCUCUCUGUUCUGCCUGAUUUCUUCGAGUCUGUGGUUGCAGGGAGGUGUUGCAAUAUCAUGGGCCCCUGCUCUUCCCAGUCCUUCUCUGUGGCCUUUUCUCCUUCUGCCCAGUUGUGUGAGAGCAGAUCAGCUGCAGGGAUGUCUUUCCAGGCUUGUAUGUUACUUUUGAAUUUGUUUCAGGAUCAGAGCCGAAGUCUUGGUGGAGCAGAGGUUAGAGGUUUCUCUAGUGUGUUUGCAAGAGGUUGUGAUCAGUUUCCGCUGUUGCAAAGUGCCCUCAAGUGUACACCCAGAGACAAUAGCAAGUAGUUCAUUUUCAACUUGAGCAUAAUUCUGCUGAGUAGAUGCUGAUGCUCUUGAAGCAUCUGGGACAAGGUGCCCUUCCUUCAACAACGCAGCCACAACUGUUGCCUGUGAGGCACGUAGUUGUUAAUUCCUUUGUUUCAACACAAUACUUCAGUUGGGUGAUAACUUCUUUUGUGUUUUGAAGUGUCUUCUUGUUUCAGUACCAUUCAGUGCCUUUUUUCUUCAGGCCUCUUUAGCAAGCUGUGAUUUCCGUGAAUCUUGGAAUGAACUUUGAUAUGUGUGACACCAUCCCAAGCACAGCUUCUUGUUCUUUCAGGGGUUUUUGUGCUUUAAGCUGUUUUAUGGGUUCCACAUCACUUGGGCUGGGUCAGAUGCCUCCUUUCUUAACCUCUUCCACUGCGAGAGGCCCAUGGGCCAAUUCCACUGUCAUUAGGAUUUUUAUUAGUUCAGUGACAAUACUGGUUUUGCAGGAGCCCAAAUGUUGGCACCUGUUCUUUUAGCAGAGAAUGUUCCUACUAUGCUGAGUGACUGUCUGCCAUAGUCCUUUGCUCCAGGUGGUAUCAGUGUGAGAUGGUGGGCUGGGUGCUGUGCACUUACCCUCCUGUGAUCAGUUUUAGAUUUUACGGGUAUACUUUCUGAACCUUUGAGGUUUCACCCUUAAAGCCUUGAAUAGUAGCCAGAAACAGUGUUGAGCCACUACUGCCUGAUUUCUUCUAGCAUCUUCUAAUAUUAGUUUAUUGCUAAAGGUAAAGGUACCCCUGCCCGUUCGGGCCAGUCUUGCCAGACUCUAGGGUUGUGCGCUCAUCUCACUCUAUAGGCCGGGAGCCAGCGCUGUCCGCAGACACUUCCAGGUCACGUGGCCAGUGUGACAAGCUGCAUCUGGCGAGCCAGCGCAGCACACGGAACACCGUUUACCUUCCCGCUGGUAAGCGGUCCCUAUUUAUCUACUUGCACCCGGAGGUGCUUUAUUGCUAUUAUUUAUUAAAUUAAUGCCUAAAGCUUAGCAGCAGAAUGGGGCUGUCGGAGAUCAGUGGAGGGAUUGUUCAGCCCCUUUCUCUCAUUGGGCUAGUCUUCAGUCCUUUCCAAUAUCUUACACAUUUCGCCCCUCCCUUCUCCUCUUUCCAGACCCACUUGGGGCUAAGUCAGCCAAACGCAAAGUAUUACUUGCCUGUGAGGGGCUCCUGAGUGGCAGAUGUCACACUAGAAAAGGUGGGAUUCUGCUCUCUGUCAGCCAGAGCAAACAUUCUGUUCUAUUUUAAGGUUUUGCCUCUUUCCUGACAGUUGGUGUCUGCAUUCAGUCACAAUCUGCCAACACAGUUUUAUUUAGUACGAAUAAAUAGGUCAUAAUUAGUCAAAAAUGAGUCUUGUAAUUACAGGUAUAGGGUUGUUUUAUUUUCUGAGGCUUGAUGCCUCAGGGAAAAUGCCUCACUACGCCACGGAUGUUUAAAACCUGAAAUCUACAUUUAUCAAUAUGAUUAUUUAGCUGAUUAGAGCUUUCAGAUUUUCAUAGAAUUGAAGAGUUGGAAGGGAUCCCAAGGGUCAUCCAGUCCAACCCCUGCAAUGCAGGAAUCUCAACUAGAUCCUCCCUGACAGAUGUCCAUCCAUCCCAUGCUUGAAAACCUCUAAGGAAGACGAGUCCACCAGCUCCAGAGAGAGAACAUUCCAAAGAUGAACAGCUCUCACUGUCAGAAAGUUCUUCCUGAUUCCAUAGAAUCUUCUAGUGUUCAUAACUUUUCCUGUCACCUCCCACCCAGUUACCCUGCCAUCCUUCCAACCCCCCAGUCUCUGUUCACACCUCAGGGCAAGGGGGGAGGACAGCUCUCUUGCAUUGCCAAGGGCUCUCAAUGGCCCUCUCUUGUUUCUUAAUGGCCCUAGCUUGGCCAGCUUGUUUUGCCUAGGCUAACCCAGGAAUUCCUCUGCAGCUUGCAUUUCUCCCUUCACAUGACCAAAUAAUGAAAUUCUUACCAUUUAUUAAUUUCUAGGGUUUAGGGGGUCCCCCAUCCAAAUCUAUAAUACUGGGUGCUCUGGGGAGAAGGGAGACUGGCAUCCAUCUUGGGCAGGCUGGCUGUAGAGAUGACUGGGAAAUGCCUUGGACUGCAGGGUUGUGCUGCUGUGGGGACAAGCCCCUCUUGAAAUGACCAUGCCAUAAGGUCUGGACUCCCUCCAUGCAGACCCAAGGUGUAAAUAGGUGAAUAAACUACCGUAUUUUUCGUUCUAUAGGACGCACAUUUCCCCCUCCAAAAAUUAAGGGGAAAUGUGUGUGCGUCCUAUAGAGCGAAUGCAGGCUGCGCCGCUAAGCCCAAAGCCAGAACAGGAAGACGGAGCACUGCGGAGCGCUCCGUCUCGCUGCUCUAGCUUGGGGACGGCUGCGCGCAAACCUCUGCAGGGCAGUGGGGUGCCUUCACCCCGCUGUCCUGCAGAAGCUAGCAAGGCUGUUCCCAAGCCAGAACAGCAAGACGGAGGGCUCCGUUUCGCUGCUCUAGCUUGGGGACGGCUGCGCGCAAACCUCUGCAGGGCAGCGGGGCGCUGCGCUCCAAAGGCUUCAGGGAUCUUUGAGGCUGGCGGUGGGGGAAAGCAGCGCUUCCCCCCACCGCCAGCCCCACAAGCUCUGGUGAAUGUACCUUGAACGCACCUUGUUUUAGAGGGGGAGAACAAGAAAAAAAAAUUUUUCCCUGUUCUCCCCCUCCUAUGAUCCGGUGCGUCCUAUAGUCCGGUGCGUCCAAUGGAGCGAAAAAUACGGUAUAUUUCUUAAAGCUAAGACAGUCUCUGCCGUGGAACACAGAACCUUGGGUAGGUGCCUGGAACCCCCUGGGAUCUUGCUAUCGCUUGAUGGAGUGGGGUGUGGCACCCAACUUUUGUAACCCUGGUGUUAUCAGUGGGAUCUGUGUUUCCUGGAGAGAAGGCCUAGGAGCAGCGUUCUCCUGAAAUUGAAAAUGGAGGGAGGAAUCGCAGGACUCCUUGAGCAGUUCAACAUGAUGGAGAAGAAGAGGAUGGUGGAGCAAGAGCGGCACGUGGAGCAGCCCCACCAGCAGCGGAUGCAGAGGCUCAGAGAUAAGGAUACACAGGUCUCAUUCUCUGAACCCAAUGCGUCCUCAGGAAAUCAUUUGUUAGGCUCACAUAACUAGUCAAUGAUUUCUAUUCAUUCCCAUGGGGAAAUUUCCAAUGUGUUCCUGACCAUGGAAUUAUGACCCCCAAAGUGAUGGGAAAGACCCAGGAAAAUCCACUGAAACUUUGCAAAAAGCAAACAAGGAAGGGGAAAAUGCUCAUUUGUCUGAUAUCUCCCACCUUCUCCCCACCUCCCACCAUGGUUUCUGGUGAAAUGGCUGCUGUGAACCAGCAAAACACAAAAAGGAAGGCUUGUUUAAGGCUGCUUCUUUGUUUAAAGCACCACAUGCCGGUCCAGCUGUUUGGGUAUCUGACUCUGCAGUGUGUAUAGUGAGGUUUGGGCACAGAUUCCUCAUGUUUGGAUAAGCGAAUUCUCAAACAAUGGGUGUUUAGAUAGCGGGAUAGGAGUGCACAUCCUUACCUGUUGGUAAAGGGAGGGGAGGCCCUGCCCAUUGGUUGAUGCUCAAGACCAGCACCCCCUUCACUUCAUAGGUCCUUAAAACUUUAAUGUUGCUUUAGCAAGAAUACUUAAGUCUCCACAGUCUUCAUGUAUUAUUGGUGAAGCAUUUGAUUGCGCCACAAAAGCUUGGGACCACUUUGAUUGGCAGAAUUGGCACUAGUGCAGCUGCCACACAAUACCUAUUUCAUAUUUGUAAGAACAUGGAACUCCUUGUCUAUUGACAUCUCACUGUCCUCUUUUCAACACCUGCUAAAACCAUUCUUGUUUAGACAAGCCUACCCAGAUGCUUAGAAAGAUGAGGUCAUUUUAAUCUGUUUUAGUAUUUUAACUUUUCUGUGUUUUAAAGUAUGAUUGUGAUUUUUUUUUCUUGAUAUUUUUUCUUUUGUAAAUCACUUGAGGUUGUUGUUUUUUUAAACAAUCAAGGGAGUAUACAUUUUAGGAAAUUAAUACAUAAAAUAAACUCUGCUUCAGAAUGCAUUUGGAGAUCCCCUAAGAGUCAUUACUAAAAAUAACUGCAAUAACACUUUGGAAUACACUAAAAGCUUUGCCAUUCUUACCAUACUGAUCCUCCUCACAACCAUGUGACGUGUUUGUGGGCUUUAAGGCUGUGAUUUGCUUGAGUCCAUAUUGUUAGUCAGAGAGAGGAUUUCAGGCCGUCUCCACAUCCACCUCUGGCGCACCUGGCACAACCUGUGAAGCAGCUGCACUCAGUGCCCCCCUCCUUCUGUUCCAGGGCCCAACUGCUUUGCAGAGACCACAGUCAUCCCUGCAGGUCGAGAGGUGAAGACUGACGACUGCACUAUAUGCCACUGUACCUAUGAAGAAGUGACUUGGCGAAUUGAACGGCAGGCGAUGUGUACCAGACAUGACUGCAAGCAAAUCUAGAUCCACAAACCCAAUGCCGCGAGAUGUUUUUAUAAAAAUACUUCCAUGCUCCAAACGAUAUUUGAGUGAACCAAGAAACAUCUUCAAAAGAACUAUUGCUUUGCUUGAGGACAAAGGACCCUGCUGGCAUUUUCUUUUUCCACAGUAGAACAGUAUUUGAGCAAAAGAAGGUUUGGACUUGAUUGUUCACAUCUUAUUAAAUGUGUUAUAUUUCCAAGGUGAGUACUGUAAAUUACAUUAAAAGAUUAUAUUAUUUCUAUAAUCCUAUUAUAGAGUUUAAAAUAAAUGUUUUAUAUAGUUGAGAGAUUAAAUAAAUGUUGGGAGAGAGAAAUGAUUGUCUUCUUGCAUACCUGGUCUUGACUAAAAGAAAACAUGACUUUGUGAUAGAAGCUGUUUUUGUGGGGGGAGGACAAAAAGGCAGGGAAAUGAUAAAUCUGAAAAUGAUAAGAACUUGACGGUGGUCUACUCUGAAAAGUUUACAAUAGGUUCAGUCCUAGCCUCUGGGGUUUUUGUUGCUGACUUCAGUGAGUUUAUGAGUGUAUGUGUGUGCAAAAUGUGAGCCAGGUUUUCUUUUCUUGGAUGUGGGACAAUAUUGAUUACACUAGCAGUAAUAUAUUCUGGCUGGCCAAAAUCGGGUUACUCUGUGACCUGGCUUGAUAUCUUGACAAAUUCUACCUAUAUUAGUCUUUACACACUUUCUUGAGAGUAAACCCACAUGAAAAUAGGACUUACUAGACAUGUACAGAAUUGUACUGUUAGCCUUUACCAAAAAUGUUCAUGGUAAUAUACAAAUAAUUACAUCAGUGUAAAAAACUAAUUAGAGGAUUGUCUUUAUAUAUUUCUAGACCUCCAGAAGGAAUUCUAAUACACAAAAUUCCUUUUUGAAAAAACCAUGCACUGAUAGUGAGCAUAGGAAGCAUAUUAUAUUUUUGUAGCUAUCACUGCCCAGUUGUCCCCAGGGAAUGUUACACCUCAAAUCUCUUCAUGGCCCCCCAUAUCCAAGUAACAGAAAUGUGAAUAAAUUUGUUGAAAUGUGUAGCAAUAGCAGUCUACGCCAACAUCGUUUUACAAUACUUUUGGAAAACACGCUAGAUCAUCAUGUAGGAAUCUACACUCUCGAGAGC